UGAAAAUGAAAACAGAAAAAAACAUGAAAUUAAGAAUGAGAUACUGCUUGCUGAUAAUACUCAUAAUCAAUUACUACAGUGUCUGUAUAUUUGCAGAACCAGUUUUUCUUCGAGAAUACUGUUCAGGAGGUAAUUACACUGCUAACAGUACUUACCAGUCUAACCUCAACCUCCUACUCUCUUCAUCACUCACUGUCUUUCGAAGCGUAGUCAGUAUCGUGAACGAACAUCGAAGUGCAAGUUAUGGUUCAGAGCCUGAUUCUGCUUAUGGGUCUUACCAGUGUAGAAGUGAUCUUACAUCGAAAGAUUGUGAAGGUUGUUUUGAUUCAGUAACUGGAGAUAUUUUAAAUAGCAUUAGAUGUCCAAAUUCUAGACAAGGGAUUGUAUGGUACGAAGAAUGCAUUUUAAGGUACUCGAACGAAUCGUUUAUUCCAGUUGUUCAAGAAAAACCAGUGUUUUAUAUCGUAAACGAAACUAAGGUUACUAGUAAUCGAGAUGAGUUUAAUAAGACCUUAGCUGGGUUGAUGGAUGAGCUAGUCAGAGAAAGUACUGCUUCUGAAGAUAGUCACCAAUUUGCUACUGGAGAAGCAAAUUUAACAGAAUCUAGGAAGAUUUAUGGAUUGGUGCAAUGUACACCAGAUAUUUUGUCAAGUGAUUGCAGGAACUGCCUUAACCGGGUUGUCAGGAAUUUAUCAGUAUGCUGCCUUGGAAAAGUUGGUGCAAGAGUUCUUAAUCCAACUUGUAAUUUCAGGUAUGAAUUACAUCCUUUCUAUGAAUCCAAGGUUAUGAAUGCAACAGCUCCUCAAUCGUCCUUGCCUACUUCAACAAAUGCAAAGAGAAAGAACUCUUCUGGCAAAUUUGCUAUUAUUAUGGCCGUUCUUUCAGUUAUUGCAGUACUCUGCAUAAUUGCAAUUUGGUGCUUAUGCUCACGAAAAGCAUCAAGGAAAACAAAGAAAUUUGAUAAAAUUUAUGAGAUUCAGAGUGCUGAAUCUGUCCAGUUCAACUUCGAUUCAAUAAAAGCUGCCACUGACAAUUUCUCUACUGCUAACAAACUCGGGGAAGGUGGUUUCGGUCCCGUAUACAAGGGUACACUUUCUGAUGCCCAAGAGAUAGCUGUGAAGAGGCUCUCUAAAAAUUCAGGUCAAGGCGAAGUAGAAUUUAAGAACGAGGUUGUUUUACUUGUAAAACUGCAGCACAGAAACCUUGUGAAGCUUCUCGGUUUCUGCCUGGAUGGACAAGAAAGACUACUUGUUUACAAUUUCAUGCCGAAUUCAAGCCUGGAUAGAUUGAUAUUCGGCCCAGUUCCACGCACACAUUUGGAUUGGAAAAAACGCUAUAAGAUUAUAGGAGGGAUCGCAAGAGGGCUUCUUUACCUGCACGAGGAUUCCCGACUUAAGAUUAUUCAUCGUGAUCUCAAGGCCAGCAAUGUAUUAUUAGAUGCAGACAUGAACCCCAAGAUUGCUGAUUUUGGCAUGGCUAGACUUUUCAAGGUGGAUCAAACUCAAGCCAGUACAAAUAGAAUUGUUGGAACAUAUGGGUACAUGGCUCCAGAGUAUGCAAUGCAUGGAAAAUUCUCUGACAAAACAGAUGUCUUCAGUUUUGGUGUCUUAGUUCUGGAGAUUAUUAUCGGAAAAAAGAUCAACGAUCCAGCAAUCUCUGGAGACCUUCUCAGCUAUACAUGGAGACACUGGAACAACGGGACAGCAUUAGAAAUGUUAAGUUCGAAUUUGAAAGACAAUCAUUCUGAAAGUGAAGUAAUGAGAUGCAUCCACAUUGGAUUAUUAUGUGUUCAGGAGAAUGCAGCUGACAGACCCACUAUGGCCAAAAUCGUUCUAAUGCUUAACAACUACUCUACUAAUCUACCAGUACCAUCAGUGCCUGCUCUUUUUUCUCAUAGUUUCAAGAAUCAUGAUUUUACUUGGGGAGCGAAUACAGACCCAUCAAGUGUUAAUGAAGCUUCAAUUACUGAAUUAUUCCCUCGCUGAUAAUGCCACAAAAUUGAAGUACACUUCAAAGUAUUGUAUACUCUCCACUAUGAUCUUCACAGAGUGUAGUCUAACACUUGUU